GAUUCACGUGUUCACAGCAAUAAAUAAGAGCAGACCCACCGUGAGACAACAGGCAGAGACUGGAGGGUCGAACCGGGCCAACUGAACCAAAAACCCACCGAUAAGCCACAGAAUGUUGUGUGCAACUCUCCUGGCGCUGGCUGCCAGCUUGUCUGUGAGCCUGGCCAGACCCCACAUCCGUCCUCUGUCCAGUGAAAUGGUCAACUACAUCAAUAAGCUCAAUACAACCUGGAAGGCUGGUCACAACUUCCGUGAUGUUGACUACAGCUACGUCAGAAACCUCUGCGGGACUCUGCUGAAGGGACCUAAGCUGCCGAUCAUGGUUCAGUAUGCAGAAAGCAUGAAGCUGCCAGCAGAAUUUGAUUCCAGAGUGCAGUGGCCCAACUGUCCCACCCUGACGGAGAUCAGAGACCAGGGCUCCUGUGGAUCCUGCUGGGCGUUUGGUGCAGUAGAGGCUAUUUCUGACCGGAUCUGCAUUCACUCCAAAGGGAAGGUCAGUGUGGAGAUCUCCUCUGAGGAUCUACUCACCUGCUGCUACAACUGUGGAAAUGGAUGUCAAGGUGGCUAUCCUCCGCAAGCUUGGCACUUCUGGGCCACAAAUGGACUGGUGACUGGAGGGCUCUAUCACUCUCAUAUUGGUUGCAGGCCGUACACCAUCGAACCCUGUGAGCACCACGCCAACGGCAGCAGACCUCCCUGCACUGGGGAGGGCGGCGACACGCCAGAGUGUGUCAAACAGUGUGAGGCUGGAUACACACCAAGCUACGAACAGGACAAACACUAUGGCAAGACAGUUUAUGGUGUAGCACCAGACGAAGAUCAGAUCAAAUCAGAGAUUUACAAGAACGGACCUGUAGAAGCGGCGUUUGAAGUCUACCAAGAUUUCCCUUCCUACAAGUCUGGUGUGUAUCAGCACAUGUCAGGAGAAUUUGUAGGAGGACAUGCCAUUAAGAUCCUGGGCUGGGGAGAGGAAAAUGGUGUCCCUUACUGGCUCUGUGCAAACUCCUGGAACACUGACUGGGGUGAUAAUGGAUACUUUAAAAUCCUCCGUGGAUCAGAUCACUGUGGCAUUGAGUCUGAGAUCGUGGCUGGAAUUCCCAAGUAAAACUAAGGUUUUAUGCUGCGUCACCGCCAGAGGGCGCCACACUCCACUGUCAUUGAACAAAGUAUACUUCUGCACAGCAUGGUGUUUGAGGAGGAGGAAUUCAAACUCCUGUAGUUUUCAAGUGAAUUUUUAGAUUGAGACAAACUGUUGUUGCUACAAUUUUUAUGUUUUUAUUUUUUUUUUCCUUUGUUGGUCUGUUUUAGGACGCUCUCAUAUUUCACUUUAUUUUUUUCAUUUCAAUAUCUGGGGAAGAUGCCGCAUAAUAAAGAUCACACAAUUUUUGUGUUGUACUGUUGUAGAUUGUUUUAGAUCCAUGCAGCAUCAAACUGAAUGGAGGUUUUAAAAACACCCCAAUGAGCAGAAAUGUUUCUCAGAACAUAUUUCAUCAUGCAUUGACCCUUGAUACUUUUUUUUUUUAAUGACAAAUUGUACGCUGUACUACAGAAUGUCAUAAUGUACUGCCUGAAAUAGGUGCCUGUUAUUUUUAAGCAUUUUUAAAAUGGAUUACAAUGAGAUGCAGUGAGGUUUUUACUGUCAAUAUGAUCAGAUGCUGGGAAUUGUUCAUUUGAAUUUAUUAAAUGACUCUUUGGUUGCCAGUAUUGUGGUUUUCAUUUUGUAUUUUUAUAUACAUAUUUUAGACAAAAUUUUAAACACUUGUAAAACUGCUUACUGGUUGUUGAUGCUGUAUCAACCUUCCAGAGCCCUCAGAUCUUCUGGUUCUGCUCUGCAUCCCCAGAACCAAACGAGGAGAAGCAGCAUUCAGCAUCUGUGCACCAAAAAUUUGGAACAAUCAUCCAUAAAACUAAAACAGCUGAAAUGCUGACUUUCUUUAAAUCUUGACUAAAAAUGCACCGUUUAGAAUUGUAUUUGAAUUGUAAUCAAUUAAAAUUUUAAUGAUGGAACUUGA